AUGAUCUCUGUCCACUCUGUCCUGUUUACUCUGGUGCUGUUCUCCGAGCUGAGCAGCAACGUGGUCGCUGUAGCCAUGCCUGCAGAAGAUGGUGAAACAGAACACGAAGGCCUGAAUUCGAUCUUUGGUGACGAGCCCAUGGUUGAACCAGCCGCCGUUCCCCUGGUGUACCGAAGGAACCUCGUGCUGGACAACGACGUCAGGGAUGAAGACGGGAGCCCGAAAGUCAUCGUCAUCUCCGACAUGAGGCUGAAAGGGCACAAUGUUCGUGGGCUGAACCCGGCCUUCACCCGGAGCUUGAGCCACACUCCUGCCGAGUACAGUUCAAAAAUAGAUCGCAGGGAGACCGACCUCGACGUGCUGCGAUGUAUGAUAGGAAGAGUGUACCGACCCUGCUGGGAGGCAUAA